CGACAGAAAAUCAACGCAACAUGCUGGAGCUAGUCAUUGCUGCCGUGCUUCUAUUCGUCGUACGCUGGCUCAUGAAAAGAAGAGAUCACUUCAAUUUUUUCAAGAAAUGCGGCAUCCCUGGUCCUGCGCCAAACAUUCUUUUCGGCAACAUUUUGGAGAUGUAUAAAAAGUCGCCGACCAAGGCUUACCGCGAAUGGAUCGACAAAUACGGCGACGUUGUCGGGUACUUCAACGGCUACAGACCCGUGGUGCUUGUAGCAGACCUGGAUUUGCUGAGGAGCAUUCAGGUUAAGGAUUUCCAAGAUUUCACGGACCGAGCUCUCCUGUUCCAGGCCAAGAGGCCUCCCAGCCCUCAAAACAAAGGCCUCCUGCAGCUCACCUCAACUCGUUGGAAGGAAGUGCGCAGCGUGCUCACCCCGUCAUUCACGACAAGCAAGCUCAAAAUGAUGUCUCCGGGCAUCAUUUCCGCCGUGGAGAAGCUGGUCUGCAAGAUCGGCCAAAAAGCAGAGACGGGAGAGGAGUUCGAAGCGGGCGAGAUGUACGCUGCCCUGGCCCUGGACGUGAUCUGCAAGAGCGCUUUGGGCAUCGAUUACAACCUGCAGGAUCACCCGCGUCACGGCUUUCUGCUGUUCUGCCGAAUGCUGUUCGGCUGCGCCUUCUCCUUCAUCGCCGUCAUUCUUAAUGCCUUUCCAGCCUGGGAAUCGCCUCUCAGGUUCAUCAAUUCUCAUUGGCUCCGAUACCAGAACGGUGGUGUCCACCCUUUCAUCGACGUGCAAGAGAAGUGCAAGCGCAUCGUCACGCAGCGACAAAAGGACUCCUCGCUUCGGCAAAAAGACCUGCUGCAGCUAAUGAUAGACGCGAAGGACGCGCACGUCGACCUGGACACCGUCACGUCGGCCCAGCUAACCGCCGGAGAAGACAAUGACCAAGAACUGCUGCAAAACAAGGCCUUUGGAGUGAGUGCAAGACGCGACCUGUCUGUCUUCAACAAAGCCGUAUUGGACGAUGAUGACAUCACGCAGAACGCUUUCGUCGUUCUUGUCGGAGGGUUCGAGACCACGAGUAACACUAUGGCCCUGGUGACACACAUGCUUGUGCACCACCCGGAAGUGCAGGAGAAAGUGCGGGAAGAGCUGUUGUCAGUCGUGGGACCCGAGGAAGCCAUCACCUACAACACCGUUCAGAACCUACCCUACAUGAACAGUGUCAUUCAAGAGACCAUCAGGCUUUACCCCCCGGCAUUCGCGUUCGUGACUCGUGAGGCUGUCGUCGACAAAGAGUAUGGAAAGUUUCGAAUCCCCGCCGGCACUGCUAUCAUGGCGGCAACCGAGUACAUUCACAGGGACCCUCGACAUUGGGACCAUCCGGACGAAUUCGACGCGGAAAGGUUCUUGCCAGAAAACAAGUCGAAGAUCAACUCCAUGGCCAUGCAGGGCUUCGGAAACGGACCCCGCAACUGCAUCGGAAUGCGCUUUGCGCACAUGGAGUUGCGGUAUACAUUCGCUCACAUACUGCGGAAGUACCGACUCGAGAAGACAGAAAACAGCGAAAAGGAUCCACCAACCAUCGAUAUGAAUCCAAUUGUACUGAAGAUCAAGAAAGGCGUCGUAGUCCGGGUGGUGCCGCUGAAGGACCAUGGUGCUUCUAAGAAGUGACAAGAAACGAUGCCUCCCUUGUACACAGCCCCCUAGUCGUACUUUGGAUAGGCCCACUCAUUGCGGCCGAAUAUCAGCUGCCGUGUUAUCCACCGCAUUUCGUCUAUCGCACUUACGGUUACGCACGGCACUGAUAAGAACGGGAAUAGGUAGGGAUGUCGAGGUCCCUUUGCGCUGCCAAAUAGUGCGCUGCGUUUUCUUUUUAAUUUUGUACAAAUGCUUGACGGCAUCGUAGAUACUUUCAUGUUCCGAAUAGUCCUUAUGCUUAAACGAAACUGUGCAAACAAGUAUGAGUCAGCGCGACUUUCGCUUUGUGUGUGCUUUGUGCGAUACUGGCUGAGUCAAUAAAGUUCCUGUCAACGUUG